ACUAAGACGCACGACGAGGAGGCAUUGCGUUGGAGAGUAGCUUCGGUUCCUUCCCAAAAAUGGCGAAAAUGGUUGCUCGAUAGAACCAAGGAACCAACUUCUCUUCGAAACGCUUGCCCUCUGUUCAACCCUUCGUCGGCAGCGGCAUCGCUGAUUCGUCUCCGGGCGGCGACCUCUUCUCGUGCGUACAAUCGGGUUUUAACCGGCUGGGUCAUUUGAGUGUACUAUUUAUUAGGAUUUGAGAUGAAAGAGGAUCAGUUGCCAGAUUUUUCAGACUGUGAUAUUGACUCUGUGAUGGGUGACCUUGUAAAAGGGCAGCCUAGUUCUGAUCCCAUGGAUCUUGAUACUCCCAAUGGAGAUACUGAACCCUUUGAUAUCAACAUAGGUGCUUUGGAGAAAUUCUGUAAAGAUGCUGCACGGGCAUUCUUUAAUGAGCAAGGCCUUAUUAGUCACCAGAUAAACUCAUUCAAUGAAUUUAUAUCAGAUGGAAUUCAAAACCUUUUUGAUUCUCUUGGUGAAGUCAAUGUGGAGCCAGGUUAUGACCCGUCAAAGAAAGGUGCAAGCGAUUGGAGACAUGCGACAUUCUCUUUUGGUAAGGUUACACUUGAGAAGCCUAAGUUUUGGACAGGUAGCAGUGAUAUAACGGAGGAGUUUACCAAAUUCAUGCCUAGACAUGCACGUCUCCAGAAUAUGACAUAUUCUUCCCUGAUGAAAGUGGAAGUGAGGUUACAGGUUUAUACUCAUGAAAGAAGUGAUAAAGCUAAAACGGGCAAUGAAACUUAUGUUCGCCGAAGGGUGCUGAGUGAUGAAACAGAGGAAAUGAUCAUGGGGCGGAUCCCUGUUAUGGUGCAAUCGGAUCUUUGUUGGUUGCAUUCAUCCAACAAAAGUGAUUGCCUCUUUGAUCAUGGUGGCUAUUUUUUGAUCAAAGGAGCAGAAAAGGCCUUCAUUGCUCAGGAACAGAGGUGUUCUACGAGAUUAUGGGUGACUGAUACUCCAAACUGGACAGUGCAGUUCCAGUCUCAAUUUAAGAGGAAAAGAGUCUAUGUAAAACUCAUUGAUGCUCCGAAGGCUGAAGGUUACACUGCAGGAAAAGUUGUUAAUGCUUAUUAUUUGUAUGCUACUGUCCCAAUUUGGAUCAUGUUUUUUGCCCUUGGUGCUUCAUCUGAUAAAGAGGUUGUUCAGAUGAUUGAUCUUGAAGACUGUGACACGGAGCUGCUGAAUAUUAUAUUAGCAACAAUCAAAGAUGCUGAUGAACAAUGUGAAGGUUUCCGAAAAGAAGAGGUGGCUCGUGAAUUUGUUCAUGGACUUAUAAAGAGCUCAAAGUUCCCUCCUAGUGAAACAUUCGAUGAAUGCAUCUCUACAUAUCUAUUUCCUACUAUCACUGGAUGUAGAGAGAAGGCACUUUUCCUUGGAUACAUGGUGAAAUGUAUGUUAUUAGCUUAUGCUGGAAAACGGAAACUGGACAACAAGGAUGAUUUCAGAAAUAAGAGGUUGGAUCUGGCUGGUGAGUUACUCGCAAGGGAGUUGUGGGUACACAUAAGGCAUCUGGAAAGAUACAUGAUAAAGAAAAUACAAAAGGACUUAUAUGGAGAUAAGGAUCUAAAGUGGGAAGAGAAGUAUCUGGAUGCAUCAAUUAUUACAAAUGGUCUUAAAAGGGCAUUUUCUACUGGUUCAUGGUGUCAUCCGUAUAAAAAAACUGAACGAUGCUCUGGUGUUGUGGCAACUCUGAGGAGGACAAAUCCCCUCCAAACCAUGUCUGAUCUGAGAAAAGUUCGCCAACAGGUUGCUUACGCUGGGAAGGCUGGUGAUGCGAGAUAUCCAAAUCCUUCAUACUGGGGUAAAUUGUGCUUUCUUUCCACCCCAGAAGGCGAAAACUGUGGGCUGGUUAAAAACCUGUCUGUUACUGCUAUUGUUAGCUCAAAGAUGGCGGAGCCAAUGUUGGACAAGUUAAUUUCUUGUGGAAUGGAAAAGUUAGCUGAUGUUUCUCUGUCAUCAAUCAAUACAACAGACAAAGUCUUUUUGAAUGGAGUCUGGAUUGGAGUUUGCCAGGAUUCGAGCUCAUUUGUCAUGAAUUUGAGGCAGUUGCGACGGAAGAAGCUAAUACACUCACAGGUGGAAAUCAAAAGGGACACACACCAAAGAGAAGUGCGAAUUUUUUCUGAUGCAGGAAGAAUUUUACGGCCCCUCUUAGUUGUGGAGAAUUUGAAGAAAGUUAAAUUACUAAAAGGAGGGGUCAGCUCUUUCCAAUCUCUUCUUGAUGAGGAGAUUAUAGAAUUCAUAGGUGUUGAAGAAGAAGAAGACUGCAGAACUGCCUGGGGAGUUAGAUAUCUUUUCGCUGGUGACAAAGGGCAUACAUCUCCGAAGUACACACAUUGUGAACUUGAUCUGUCCUUUUUACUGAGCUUAAGUGGCAGCAUUAUCCCUUUUGCAAACCACAAUCAUGCUAGGAGGGUCCUUUUUGAAGCUGAGAAGCAUUCUCAGCAAUCAAUUGGUUUCUCCACAACAAACCCAAACAUCCGAGUGGACACGCUUUCUCACCAAUUGUACUACCCACAGAAACCACUUUUUAGAACGAUGGUGGCGGAUUGUCUUGGUGGCUCUGGAUAUUCUCUGGGCCGAAAUGACACCAUGGCAAGACCUGAAUACUUCAAUGGUCAAAAUGCUAUUGUUGCUGUGAAUGUUCAUCAAGGAUUCAACCAAGAAGACUCAUUGGUUAUGAAUCGUUCUUCACUUGAGCGCGGUUUGUUUAGAACAGAACAUUUGAGAAGCUAUAAAGCUGAAGUAGAUAAUAAUGAGUUUAACGCGAACAAAGGGAAGGACACGAAGGGUAAGGUUGAGUUUGGCAAGAUACAAAGCAAAAAAGGCCGUGUGGACAGUCUAGAUGAUGAUGGGUUUCCAUAUAUUGGUGCAAACCUUCAAAGUGGUGACAUGAUAAUAGGGAAGGUCGCACAGUCAGAAGAGGAUCAUGGGAUUAAGCUGAAACACACUGAAAAAGGCAUAGUACAGAAAGUAGUGCUUUCGGCAAAUGAUGAAGGAAAGAACUAUGCAGUUGUCACUCUUAGACAGGUGCGAUCUCCCACCAUUGGAGACAAGUUCUCUAGCAUGCAUGGGCAAAAGGGGGUGGUUGGUUUUCUGGAGUCGCAAGAAAAUUUUCCCUUUACUUGUCAAGGAAUAGUUCCAGAUAUUGUGAUAAAUCCGCAUGCCUUCCCAACCCGACAAACUCCUGGUCAGUUGCUUGAGGCUGCUUUAGGAAAGGGUAUUGCUGCAGGUGGUACAAGAAGAUAUGCCACACCAUUCACUACACCAUCGGUUGACGUCAUAACAGAGCAGUUACACAGUGCUGGGUAUACAAGAUGGGGAAGUGAGAAAGUUACGAACGGCAGAACCGGUGAAAUGAUGCGCUCUCUGAUCUUUAUGGGUCCUACAUUUUACCAGAGGCUAAUCCAUAUGGCUGAAGACAAGGUGAAAUUCCGAAACACAGGACCCGUUCACCCGCUUACUCGCCAACCAGUAGCUGACCGGAAAAGAUUUGGUGGGAUCAAGUUCGGUGAGAUGGAAAGGGACUGUUUGCUCGCCCAUGGGGCCGCCGCCAAUCUCCAUGAACGAUUGUUCACCCUCAGUGACUUAUCUCAGAUGCAGGUCUGUCAAACAUGCACCAGAGCGGCGACUGUGAUCCAGAGAAUCAUGCCUGGUGGUAAAAGAAUCCGUGGCCCAUAUUGUCGAUUCUGUGAAUCAGCGGAAAAUAUCGUCAAGAUUAACGUGCCUUACGGAGCAAAGCUCCUCUUCCAGGAACUCUUUAGCAUGGGGAUUUGUCUAAAAUUCGAAACAGAGCUAUGCUGAGUUCUUGCCAUUAACAACCUGACAUGGUUUUGCUGCUGUUUCACCUCACUGACUGAAGGCAUCAUCACUCUUUUAAGGUUUUUUACAUUCUGUGGAUAUUUAUCUGCUUUUGGUGUUAAUGUCUGUGUCCAACUUCAAACUGUUUAAUGUAGCUGUAUGUAUUGAAGUAACUUCAGGAUUUUACAAUGGUGACUUUUAGUGUUUGUUUUUAACCAGUUAUGAUGUUAUUGACUUGUGUGAAGGUGAUUGAAAUGAGAGCACUUUAAUUGGUAAAUUUUUUUA